CACAAUAAACAAAACAAACAAAAUUUGGGUUAUAAAUGUCAUUUUUUCUAAAAUAAUCGAAAUUACCAAAAAAGAAUAAAGACUCGUUUAAAUAACAGACUCAAAUGUAUUCCUUUAUGGAAUAUAAAUGCCAACUAGUAGCGCCGCAGCUACCGUAGAUAAAAAGAAGAGCCUUAGGUUAACAACCCAAAAGAGUACCGACCCGAAUGGCACCGAGCCACCCCCGAAUGCGGAGAAGCAUCUUCUAAAAAUAGCCCCAGCAUUACCCCCAAACAAUAAAAGAUCUCUAUAUGUACGGUCACAUAGCACCUUAAAUGCUGCCAGUAUCGCCAAGGUUCAGGAGAACUCGGCAUAUGAUUGCGUGGCGCUCCAGCCGAGUCCCGACGGCUUCCUACGAGUUUCACGGACACAAAACGAGAAAGAGAAGCACCCUGAUAGGAUUAGUUUAGAUCGGAGAGGGUUAACACAUGUUCCUGUUAUUGAGGGAGAACCUAGGUUAAGAUUAUUAUCAUUACAACACAAUUUGAUAAUAGAUUUAGAAACGUUAUGUAAACAGAAGUUCCCCACAUUGGUUUUCUUAGAUGUAUAUGAUAAUCAGCUAGAGCAGAUUAAAGCUUUGGAUAGUCUGGAAAAUUUACGAGUGCUGCUCAUGGGAAAAAAUAGACUUAAAAAAAUUGAGGGGCUAGAAUAUCUUAAGAAACUAGAGGUAUUAGACCUUCAUGGUAAUCAAAUCACCACUGUAGCAGGACUAAGCAGCCUGGCAGAACUGAAAGUGUUAAAUUUAGCUGGUAACCAAAUACGUGUAGUUGGUGUAAAAGACCUUCAGGGACUUGAUUCGUUACAAGAAUUGAAUCUGAGAAGAAACAGAUUAAAGAAAUUACUUGGCUGUGGGGAUCUGAAUUGUUUGGUCAAAAUAUUUUUGAGUAACAAUGAUUUACAAAGUGUGGACGAUAUAAGCAGUAUAGCCAAAUCGCCGAAUAUAAAAGAAAUUUCAAUAGAUGGCAAUCCCGUAUUUUUAGCGGGAGACUGCGUGUCGUUCCUAGUUUCUUAUUUACCACAUUUGAUACGGCUAAAUGCUAUGCAAGUUACGGAACAGGUCAGGAAAGCGGCAAUGGCUUGGCGGAGGAAUAAAGAGAACACUAAUGCAGCUUUUAUGGAUUUGACAAGUGAAACUACUUUAAAUUAUAGGAGAGAGGAGGUUAUUUCAAAUGCAAGGACCAAUUGGGAACUUCUAAGAUCUCAAACUAAAUGUCUUACCAAUACAGUGACUGCUGUGGAUAAAUCAGUAAAAAAUCUAAAGCCAGAUUCUGAUUUCAUCCUCACAUCUCUCGCAAAACCCACCGUAAAGCCUACGUCGAAAUUGGUGCAUCAAAAAUCAAAAUCUUUCAUCAGGAUAGCCUCAAAGGUUCCUUUGCUGCCAGAUAAGAAGUUGGGGUCAAACAGGACGGCCUCCCAGGAUACUGAAAAUUCGCAGAAUAAUUCUAAUACAUCCAGUAGUGCGAAUUCAAAUGAGUUCCUAAAGUUGCCGCCCAUCUUGGUUCCUAUUAUCAAUAAAUUGGAGAAAAAUGACAAUAUGAGAGAUGAUGGAUCUCUAAAACACUCGGGAAGCUUAUCAAGUCUCGGACCAAAUAUUGACAGCUCUAGUUCAGUAGCAAGCGGUAGCGAACGUGCUCAUUCAACCACCUCUAAUAGCACUGGUAACUCCGAUAGCUCAGACUCGGAACGUGAGGAAAACCCUAUACAAAAUUGCUUGGAAUCUAAAACAACCGAAGUAGAACAAACACCAACAGCAUUACCGACCGUUGACAAGCCAGUAACCCCAUUAGAGCCUAAAACAGACUCAAACAGUACCCCAGAAGACACGGCGAGCAAUCUGUCCACAAAUACCUCCAUCCUUAGUGUGCCAAGUACCUCUGAAAGCGAAAAAUGCAGUACCAAAUCUAGUACGAAUAGUAGCGGGUGCUCUAGAAACAUUAAAAGUGCUGUAAGCGGACGCCCUUUACCGAUAAAGUGUAAUGGUCGAGCGGCUACGGCCAAAACGAAAAAAGCCGUCCCUGGUUCUCCAGCGGUACCAAAGGACCGGGAACAGGGUGGGGAUUACUUGAUUGAAAUUUGUGGCCGGUAUCUGAACGUGUAUGGUCAAGGAGCGUUGAGGUUUAUCGAUAAGCCUUGGAAUGUUAGCAAAGCCAAUGAUGUCACCACUAUUAAGUUUAACUAUGUUAACUUUAAUGGUGUGGUAGGAUUUUUGAGUAAAAUUAAACAUAGGUUUCCCAAUGCCGAUCACUUCGUAUUUAAAGAGACAAACAUAGCAUGCCUAGGUCAAUUGAACGCUAUCUCCGAAGUUCAGGGCCUAAUACGACUAAAUAUAGACCAAGAAGGCAACCCAAUAUGCGAAAAACCGUGGGAAAGCUACGCUAUCUACCGAUUGGCGCAUUGGGGCCUCAAAGUUAUCAACGAUAAAGAAAUUUCGGAUGAUGAAAUCAAGCAAGCCAAUCAAGAAUACAAAAGUUUAAGUGAUUUAGUCUUGUGGUCGCUUCCAGAUAUUUUGCUACAACCCUUAUUGGUAAGACUACGGAUAGACGUGAAUCAUGGAGUAACAGAGCAGAAUGCAAAGAAGUGGUUGCUGAAGGCGGAUCCUGAGCUGAGGAGUGUUGUUAGUAAAGAAGCGUUGCAGUGGAAGAAGGGCUCAGUGACACAGGAAGAUAUGUUAAUGAGACAAAAAGCCAAACAACACAUAUCUGGCCUCCUAGAAGAAAUGACAAAUGCGAUGAAUAAAUUAAAAAUGCUGGAUGAAGAUUGGCCCCAAAUAAUGCACGAGUUUGUCCAAAAUACCCUUCUGGAUUACUCACAACUAGACAUGUAUAUGAAGCAGAAAUUACAAGAACUUAGUAAAUAAUUUACGAAGAAUUUAGAUUAUUGGCGGCUGUAUGGCUAUAUCCAACUGCUGCUAAAUGUAAUGGGGGCUAUAAAAUAUAAUGAAUAACCCUAUACAUGUAAGUAAUUCAAAAAAGGCCAGACGUCAUAUAUUCUCGGAGCAGUGCAUACUGAAACAUGGAAUCUGUGAUGAAUUCAAUAUGGCGAGAUAAAUAUGUGGGUCGCGAAAAAAAAAAGAAAUUUAAAUUUGAAAAGUGGUAUUCGAAAUUUCUAGGUCUUAAUUAAAUAUAAAAUAAAACACUGCCCAGGUUUGUUGGACACUACUUUUUUAGAAUCACGAAUAUUUUUAUGGUGAAUUUUCUCUAGUCAUUUUUAACGUUUAUUGUUACAUUGUUAAAUGUAGGUUUAAGAAACAAAAUAAAUAGUAAUUUUUUAAGGUA